CACUGAAUUACAGAAAUGAUUCAGUUCUGAUUCACAGAGUCCUGAUUCGAUUCAAUCCGGAUUUAUUUAGGAAUAUUUCAGUUACAGGUUUAGUUCAGAUAUAAAACUAGAGAUUUUUGAGAACUAAUGCUGUAAUAAGGUCAGGAGGAUAUUCAAGGUCAUGGCGUGAUGUUGCUAAGUGGUUGCAAUGUGGUUGUUAAGUUGUUGCUAGGUGGUUGUUGUCAUAUCCAAGGUGGUUGCUAUAGUGUUGUUAAGGUGUUGUUGUUGUGGUUUCAAUCUGGUUGAUAAGGUGUUGCUAGGUGGUUGCUGUGGUGUCCAUUGUGGUUGCUGUGGCAUUGCUAAGUGGCUGCUACAGUGUUACUGUGGUAUCUGUGGAGGUUGCUAUGGUGUUGCUAUGUGGUGGCUAAAGUGUUUCUAUGGUAUCCAUGGAGGUUGCUAUGGUGGUUACCAAGGAGUUGCUAUGGUAUACAUAGUAGUUGCUAUGACAUUGUUAAGGGGUUGCUAUGGUGUUAAUAGGCGGGUGCUAGGUUUUUGAUUAACUUUUUCUUUGGUAUCCGUGUUUGUUGCUAUGGUGUUGCUGAGUGGUUGCUAGGUGGUUGCUAUGGUGUUAGGUGGUUGCUAUGGUAUUUAUGUUUGGUUGCAAUGUUUUUUUAAGUGGUUGCCAGGUGGUUGCUAAGUUGUUGCUAUGAUAUUGUUGGUGGUUGCUACAGAGUUGCUACGGUGUCCAUGGUGGUUGCUAUGUUGUUGUUAGGUGGUUGUUAUGGUAUCCAUUUUGGUUGCUAUGGUGUUUCUUAGUGGUUGCAAAGGUUUUGCUAUGAUAUUGGUGGUUGUUGCCAUGGAGUGGGGCAUCCGUUGCUGUGGUGCUAUGUGGUGCUAUCGGCUGUUGUUGAAUUACUUUACACUGAAACUCCUCCCUAUUCUUUUAGUGGUUUAAUGAUAUUAUGGGAUAUAGAGGAAUAAAUCUGGUAAUAUUUUCCAGCCUUUGUUUGAGGAACAUUUUUAUAAAUCAUCUCGAUCAUUUUCUUACGGAUUCGUUACAAAACUGCGGAUCUUCUGCUCAUCUUCCCCUGAUGAGAUCAGAGAGUCUGAUAAUGAUCUGUCUCUUUAAAUCGGGGGAGGGGUGUCGGUGAUGGUGUCGGGACGUCCCGGCGUCCUCGGUGUAUAGUCCCUCCCCUUACAGACCCGCUGAUGGAUGUCCCGUGUAAUUGGGAGGCAGCCCCCCUCACUUUUUCCUUAGAUGCCCCGCCCUCUCCCUCUCUCUAUCCAUCUCUCUCUCUCUUUCUUUCUUUUUUUUUCUCUCUCUCUCUCUCUCUCUUUCUCUCUCUCUCUCUUUUCUCUCACGCUCCUGCAGUAUCGUGGAGCUUGCCGGUACACGGACUCCCGAUGCUCUGCUGGCGACGAUGCUCCGGCUGCUCCUGCCACUCCUGCCUUUACCCCUGCCACUCCUGCUGCCGCUGCUCCUGUGUGCGGGUUCCGGCGGUGCGGAGUGUGUGGUGGGCUGCGAGUGUGUGGAGCCGCCGCUCACGGUCAGGUGUGUGUCGGGGGGUCUCAGCGCCGUCCCGGACCCCCUGCCCGACCUCACCCGGACCCUGCAGAUCAGAGGCAGCACCAUCCAGAACAUCCAGCACGGAACCUUCACCACGGCGGAGAACCUCACCACCCUGCAGCUCACCAGCAACGGAAUAACACAGCUGGGUUCUCACUCGUUCUCGACGCUGAAGAUGCUUUCGCUACUGGACCUGAGUGAGAACAGGCUGGUUCUGAUCCACCCCGAGGCGUUCUUCAUCCCGGGCAAUCCCCUGAAACACCUCAACCUGAGCGGUUCACUCUACAACUCCACCUCCGCCACCGACCUGAUCACCGCCCUCCGCUGGGGAGCGCUGUCCAACCUGCAGGAGCUGGACCUGUCGGGGAACCGGCUGGUUCUGCUGCCACCGGGAUCGUUCUCGCCGCUGCUCGGCCUGCAGCGCCUCAGCCUGGCCGGGAACUCGCUGGUGGCGGUGUACCGCGGUACGUUCUCUGGGCUGGAGCGACUGCAGGAACUGGACCUGAGCUUUAACGCCUUGGAGAGCAUGAGCUCGGAGGCUCUGAGGGAGCUGGAGACGCUGAGCCGGGCCCGGCUGCUCCUGGCGGGGAACCCGUACAGUUGCGCCUGCGGGGUGCAGGAGUUCUCCCGCUGGCUGAACGGGUCGAACUCGCGGGUCGGUGACGUGGAGAAGCUGCGGUGCAGUUCCCCGGCUGGUCUGCGGGGCGUCCCGGUGCGGGCACUGAGCUCGCACGCUUUGGCCUGCCGCGGCGAUGCCGAUGUAGACGUGGUGGACGUGACCCUGCAGACGUCGUACGUGUUCCUGGGGCUGGUGCUGGGCUUCGUGGGCAUGAUGUGCCUCCUGGUGAUCUACCUGAACCGCAGCGGAAUUGUGAAGUGGGUGACGGAGCUUCACGCCGCCUGCAGGGACGUUCUGGAGGGCUACCACUACCGUUACGAGAUCGACUCGGACCCCAGGCUCAGGAACAUCUCCACCAACAGCCACCCGCGCCGCUGCAUGGAGCCACGCCCACCACACGCCCCCGUCGACGCCCGCAUCACGCACAUUCCCUCCGACGUCACCUUAUAGAGACUGUAGACUGUAGAACUGAGGGAAUGGGCGGGGCUUAACUACAGUAGGUUAGGCUAAAUUGUUUUAGACUAAAUGGGCGGGGCUACGUUGUUUUAGGCUGAAUGGGUGGGGCUAAACGGUUUUAGGCUGAAUUGGCGGGGCUAAACAAUUUUAGGCUGAAUGGGCGGGGCUAAACGGUUUUAGGCUAAAUGGGCGGGGCUAAACUUGAUCAGGUUUCUGUCAUUCUCCAAUAACAGCAGCUGAAUUUCAAAGCCUAAAUUUGAUCAAUUCUUUUGUACAUUCUUAUAGAAGCAAAUUUCACACACUGAAAAAUGUAAAUUACUAUUUUUGUUUUAUUUUAAUUUUUCUUUAAUUUCUCAAAAAUGUCCGAAAAUGUGAUUUUUACGCAUGGGACUGAGACAGGCAGAUCAUAUCUGAUUAGAGUCGGAAAUAUAUUUUCAAAAAUAUCUAUAUUUAGUACUGUACUAUAUUGCACUAUAUUAGUCAAUAGUACACUACCAUACUACACUAUAUAUUUACAGCACUACAUAUAGAGUAAAUACUUUACUAUCUAUAAGCAGGAGCAGCAAAAAACCAAAUUAUUUUUUAAUUGUAUUAAUUAUUUAUUUGUAUGUCUUUAUUGAUAGUGAUAAAGAAAUCAGCAAUAUAAGCAUGUAAGUAUGUUUCAUUGUUUAAUGUAUGAAGCUUUAAAUCACUUUAUAAUUCACUUUUAUUCAUGUGAUUUUAUCUACUGCAGUAAUGCUAAUUUACAUUAGCAGCGCUUUGGGAUUUCUAAUGUUAUAUUAGCUUUGAGCUAGCAGUACUUUAGAAAUAUUAGAUGUGAGCACUAGCUUAAAUCUCAGAAAGAGAGUUUAUAGAAAUGUUAUUUAGGCAGUUUUUCAGAGUUACUGUUUGUAGUUAACUCUGUUUGUAGUUUGUUAGCAUGUUAGCCUGUUAGCUAACAUUCUGAUGCCUUGGUCUAGUUAAGCUUUAGCUGAAUUGUGAUUGUGAAAUAUAGCAUGCUAAUCGAUUGGCUAGCGAUAGGUGUUGGGUAACAGUACACUCUGACUUCUAAGAGUUUAGUGUUGUUCAGAGUGGGGGUUUAUUUCAAACCAAGUCUCUCUCAAACCCCCACCUUAAACAAUCUCAAACUCCCACUCAGAAAAAAUUCUGUUCAUAUUUAAAGUGUUUUAUUAUGUAUAAACAGUUAUAAGAAAAAGUAUGUGAACCCUUUGGGAUUAUACUUGGAUUUCUGCAUAAAUUGGUGAUUAAAUGUGUUCUGAUCUUUAUCUAAAUCACAACAAUAGACAAACACAGUCUACUUAAACUUAAACCACACAAACAAUGAUAUGUUUGCAUUCUGCGCUGUGCUCUUACAGUCAUCUUUACAUGACUUUACCACACCUAGGGAGAGUAGCUCCAGCAACAGUGCUGAACUUUCUCCAUUUGUAGAGCGUCUGUCUGUUUUACCGUGGACACAUGAACAUCAAGACUUUUAGAGAUACUUUUGUAACCCUUUCCAGCUUCAUGCUUCAAGUCAACAAUUCUUGAUCGUAGGUCUUCUGUGAGCUUGAUCUUUUGUGUGAGGCAUGAUUCACAUCAAGCAAUGCUUCUUAAGAACAGCAAACUCUAAACUGCUGUGUGUUUUUAUAGAGCAGCUUUAACCAACUCAUCCAAUCACAUCUCAUCACAUCCUGCCUCCAAUUAGCUCUUAGAAAAGUCAUUAGUCUAGAGGUUCACAUACUUUUUCCCCUCACUGUGAAUAUUAACAUAUCGUGUUCAAUAAAACCAUGCAAA